AUGGCGCGCUGCGAGCUGCUGCGCGGCGCGGCCCUGCGCGACGUGCUGGGCCGGGCGCAGGGGGUCCUGUUCGACUGCGACGGGGUGCUGUGGAACGGCGAGCGCGCCGUGCCGGGCGCCCCCGAGCUGCUGGAGCGGCUGGCGCGGGCCGGCAAGGCGGCGCUGUUCGUGAGCAACAACAGCCGGCGCGCGCGGCCCGAGCUGGCCCUGCGCUUCGCGCGCCUCGGCUUCGGGGGGCUGCGCCCCGAGCAGCUCUUCAGCUCCGCGCUGUGCGCCGCGCGCCUGCUGCGCCAGCGGCUGCUCGGGGCGCCGGGCGCGCCGGGCUCCGUGUUCGUGCUGGGCGGCGAGGGGCUGCGCGCCGAGCUGCGCGCCGCGGGGCUGCGCCUGGCCGGGGACCCCGGCGAGGACCCGGGCGCGGCCCCGCGGGUGCGCGCCGUGCUCGUGGGCUACGACGAGCACUUCUCCUUCGCCAAGCUGAGCGAGGCGUGCGCGCACCUGCGCGACCCCGACUGCCUGCUCGUGGCCACCGACCGGGACCCCUGGCACCCGCUCAGCGACGGCAGCCGCACCCCGGGCACCGGGAGCCUGGCUGCUGCCGUGGAGACGGCCUCAGGACGCCAGGCCGUGGUGGUGGGCAAGCCCAGCCCCUACAUGUUCGAGUGCAUCACAGAGCACUUCAGCGUGGACCCUGCCCGCACACUCAUGGUGGGCGACCGCCUGGAGACCGACAUCCUUUUUGGCCACCGCUGCGGAAUGACCACCGUGCUCACGCUCACCGGCGUCUCCCGCCUGGAGGAGGCCCAGGCCUACCUGGCGACCAACCAGCAGGACCUCGUGCCCCAUUAUUACGUGGAGAGCAUCGCGGACUUGAUGGAGGGGUUGGAGGACUGAGCCCGCCUGCUCGCCCUGCAAUGGAAGCCCGCCCCUCCCCCACCCCUCUCCCAGAGAUGGAGGCCAUGGGCUGAGAGCCACAUUGAGCUCCAAUGACCCCAUUUUCUGUACCCUGGUGGGGCUGGAAUCCAGGGAAGAUUUUAGGGUCUUCCCCCAGUCAUGGCUGAGCACUCUGCUGUCCCAGAAGCUACCUCCCUCCUUUAUCAGCUGCCCCAGAUCUGACCCAGCCAGGUGCCCGUAUUUCCUGCCCUGGGACCUCCCCUCCUCAAAAUCUGGGCUCUGAUGCCCCCUGAAGAUGCCAACCAACCCUGAACACUUAUUCCCCUACCUGCCUCCCUGGGGCCUUGACAGCUCUGCCCGCCCCUGCCCUGGCCUGGGGUUUCUGUGGACCAAUCAGAGGUCUAGGAAACUAGGCAUCAUUGUCCUGAGCCCCAAGUGGACUAUCAAAAAGCUAAGUGAGAGUGACCCUCUGUUGGCCGGUCCUGAGGGGGCCAGCUGGAGCCCGGUGACAGUGUAAGGCACAUGUGGUCUCCUGCAGCCUGAGUGGACCCAUCAGAAGGCUGUGAUGAUGACUCUUUCCAGUCCCAGGGCCUGUCAGGACACAGGUAAUUACGACCUACUGGUCUCUUAGAUCCUGAAUAGAACAAUCUGGAACUCUAAGGGACAGUGGCCUUUUGACAAUCUGGGUCUGACGGAACCAGUCAAGGACCCAGAUUUCUGUCCAUAAAUAAGGGUCCAAGUCCCCAAAUGCCCCUCCUCCGCAGACUGUGAUCCAGACCCAGUGGGCUGCUGCUGUGGCUCUGGGGGCUUCUGCGAGCCCCACCUUCUCCCCCCAUGGUCCAGUGUUGGUCCAGUGUUGAUGGUGGCCAAGCUCGGGAGGGGGCUUGCUCCCUCUCUGCUGUCAGUGUUAGCCGUGCAACCUCCUCCCCGUGCCCAUCUCCAGCUAUUUAUUUAUUGUGUGCCAGUGAGAGUGGGGGUGGGACUGGGCCUGCCCCACACCUCCACCCCUGUUGUAACCAGUCCUCGUGGACUUAAUAAAGUGCGAGUGGAGUGUCUGCGGUGCCACUGUAUGUCCCAGGCAGGCCGGAGGAGCCUCGACCUUCCCCUGCGUGGGACAAGCCCUCCCAUUCCAGAGCAUUCUAUGUGCAGCACCUUCACUCUGAGCGCUUCAGGCAUCACUAAGCCCAGAGCCUUGAGUUUGUGUCAGUUCUUCAAGAACCCAGCAAGCUUGCACCCCUCUUCCUGUCCCAGUCUUGGGUUCUGAGUGUCAGAGUGUGAUGCUUACACAGGUCAGACAUCUAGAAGCACCAUCACCUGAGGCAGGAUGCAGCUUUGCUGGCUUGCUCUAGAAGGCUGCAGCCCCUCUCUAGAAAUGGGGGGCCUAGGGCAGAGCUAUUGGCCUGGCUCGGGCCACAUGCUGUCUUGGAACUCACACCCAAGGGGCUGGAACACCGCUGUUGGCCCGCCUGGGAGGCCAAGGGGCAGGGCGCGGGCCUCGCCUUCUGGACCUCACUGCCACUCCCACCUUCCUUGCUGACAGAAUCAUGAUUGUUUCAGGGAAGCACAGGUGGCUUGUAGGCAGGUAGGGAGGCAGCCCUAUCCCAGUGACUUGAUUCAAAGCCCGGGUCCCCCAUGAUGAUCUGGCUCCCCCUGCAGUGAUGGUCUAAGCACCACUCAGUGAUGCAUUGCUGGGGGAGAUCGUGGGCUGUGCCUGCCUUUUUAAAGGACACAGGAGGUGCUUGUUCUUCUGGACUUUGGGUGUGGGAGCUAUUGCAGCCAUUUUGUGAUCAUGAGGCCAGACACGGCAUAUUUCUCUACCUCAUGACUGCCUCAGGUGGCAGAGCAGAAAGAUGGGCAUUUCCUCCAGGACUCCUAAUUUAGGGAAGUUUCAAACAGACAAGAAAAGCUCAGGAAUGGCACAGUGGACACCCACAUGCCCGUCACCUUGGCCCCCAGGUGUUAAUAUUUCAGGAAGCUGACGACACCCAUUCACAAAAUGAAACAAUUGCAUGCCAAUCUCCACCCCGUGUCCUUUUCCUGGAUUUGCGCGCUCCCCCACAUUGACUGUUUCCUUAAUGGCCAGAGAUAUUUUUGUCAUCCUGUGUAAUUUUUUUGCCCAUUUGGGGGUGACUUUGAGGCAAGUGGCCUAAGAGCAGACUCACUGAAAUCUGAGCUCUGUGUAUGUAGCCUCAGAGUCCCACCCAGCACUUUCUCAUUUUAGCUUUUUUUUUAAAGAUUAUUUAUGCAUACAAGAGCUGGGGUGCAGGCCA